AUGGCGACCACCAUGGAACUACCAAGCUUUAUGCCCACAAUCAAAUGCUCCAACUGUGGGAACAAUGUUGAGAUCUCAGCCAUGGGCGACCAUGUCUGCAAGCCGGACGCCCUGUCGAUACCCUCGAUACCAACACCUCCUCCCUCUGCGGGGUUAGAGUCACCGGGCUACCUGACGACAGCGAUGGCAUCCAAGCCUGGCCGAGCCGGGGUGCCGCCACAGAUCGACCCGUCAAUCGCAAAUCGUGCUUUUUUGCAUCCGAAUAUGCCGACGCCGGCUAGCAGCAUUGGAUCUCAUUCUCCCGUAUCCGUCACUUCCGUCCCCCCUCGAUCCCCGCUGCGUCCGCCUCCGCCGCCACGCAGCCAGAGUAGCGAUGAUGAAGAAUCCGAGGUGAUCAACCUGGACUCAGUUUUCACUUCCUUCCCGAUCCCGGAGAGGUCGCCAGCCCGUCUAAACGAUGGGGCCACCCCUCGAUCAAUUCCCCCGGCGCCAUCACCGGGGCUGGGACUGGGAUUGGUACCGGAGAAUAUCCAACUUCCUCCUAGCCCACUCCCGCCGCAUCCUGAUCCCUCUGACAGUGGCCACCAGCGCGGGGAUUCCAUAGCCAGUCACAGCAGCUAUCGCACAUCGUUUGCCAGUACACGGUAUGCGAGCUCUGCGGGCCGGUCGUCAACGUACAGCUUUUCUCGUGGUCUCCGGACAUUUAUGGACGAUGACAAGCCGCCGUUGCCCCCGGCACCUCUUCGAACCUCAAACAAAAGCCCCGUCAUCCGAGACUCUGAUGUGUCUCUGAGCUCCUCCUAUCGAAGCGACUAUCAGACGGACAGGGGGGAAAGUUAUAGUGGAUUUGAUUUUGGCAUCUCCUCAGGCCGGCCAUCCACCCAAGGCCUGCAUGAUCUCCCUGAGGAACUUUCUCCGGAUGAACGCACGGGCUAUAUGCACGACCAGAAUUCCCAACUACCUUCGCCAAUGCACCUGCACCCGGACCCGAACAACGAUGCCCCAAGGAAGGAUUCCGAUGCCACUAGUGAUAGUGCUCUAUCCGUCACGAAUUUUGCCCGCGCUCUCGGCCUGGACGACCAUUAUACUCAAACAGAAAGCUCGAAUACAUCCGACGAUUCCUCCCCAUCCGACACCCGCAGCGGGAGCUCCAUGUCCAGUGUCCCCUCUGAGUCAAGUUCGCACCGACAUAAGCCAACUGAUCCGCUGAAUCUGGGGCCCUUGGUCGAGGAAUUGCCUCCGCGGACACGGCAAACCAUUUUGGAACUUCCAGGCCGCACGAAAGGCGCGUUAGACGAGGUGCCUCCCAUUCCGGCUGUGUUUUUCAGUCCCGACUCUCCUACGGACCCGGCCAUCGGACAAGGUAGCCUGGCGCUGGUUUCGGAUAGGCCAGCCAGAACCAAAACACCAGUUCAGGCACCUCCCUCGCCACUGAGACCGCCGCAGCGGUCAGCGACUACACCCAUUCCUCCAUCAACAUCACCGAUUGCUCGCCCACCAACUCGAUCAGCAACGCGGUCCAAAGGGAAGUGCAAAGGCUGCAAUGAGGAGAUCACGGGCAAGUCCAUCUCAUCCUCCGACGGCCGUCUCACCGGCCGCUAUCACCGCGGCUGCUUUGUCUGUUUCGAGUGUCAUUCGCCGUUCCAAACGGCUGACUUCUAUGUCCUGAACAACCGCCCGUACUGCGCUCAGCACUACCACGAGCGCAAUGGAUCCCUCUGUUCCACCUGCCAUACUGGCAUUGAGGGCCAGUACUUGGAGACCAUCGAGCUCAGCCAGGGCCGGUCUGAUCGCCGUCGAUUCCACCCGGAAUGUCUGCAGUGUCGAACCUGCCGGGUUAUGCUCAAUGGCGACUAUUUCGAGUGGAAUGGACAAGUUUAUUGUGAACGGGACGCGCAGCGGGCGGCCGCUGCUUAUUAUCCCCCACCACCCGGUCGUCGACGGCCCACCGCGGGCUCUUCUCCUUUGUCCCAAUCUCGUGAAUUCCCUCCCAGAUCUCCAGGCCCUCCAGGUCCCCCAGGUCCUCCAGCUGGGCUCCGACCGCCACCAUCACCAGCACCCGGCCAGGGCCUUCGCCCUGGUCCCAGAUUUCCAUCCGGAGGUGCCCGACGUUUCCCCGAGCGACGGACGACCAGGCUGAUGAUGAUCUAA